CUUGGCGUUUUGCUUCUGAAAGACAUAUAUGCCGCUCGGCGACGCGAGCGAGGGAGGAGCUCGACUCCAACAUUUUCCAAAGAGCAUUUACUCCCCGCGACGAGUGUUCAUGCCGUUCAGUGUUUGCCGCCACCACCAUCAUCAUCACAUCACUUGCGAAUUAUUUAUUUGUUUUGAAUACAGCAACCUAAUUUGACCAUGCUGCGACCCUUGUUGUUUACGUAUCUCUUCUUCUAUCUGCCAAUAGUGUCGGCUCAGCAGCAGUGUCCACUAUGCUAUGGAGGAGAUGCAGCGGCUAAUUUGAAUAAUACCAUUGGUGGUGCUGCUGAUGGCGUCACUUGCGGCGAGUUUCUCAACGACGUGGAAUUGGACUCGGAUGAUUGCUUAAACUUGCAGUUGGUGGCAUAUCGGUACUGUGGAUGUCCCCGUUAUCCGGAGGAAUUUUAUUGUCCCAUGUGCAAAGACUCGUUUGUCAAUAUCCCCAACAAAUUCAAAACGAUACCUGGCACCGAAAAGACGUGCGACGAGAAGCUCUUUGUCAAGAGCAGUGAAAUGCCUUCCAAUGGCUGCUCCGAUGCCAUGAAACCUGGAUAUGUCUGUGGAUGUCCUGAUGCCGAAGAACCCUUCUGUCAAAUUUGUGGAGGUAGUGUGGAGGAUGAUACCAAAAUUCGAAAUCCCGAGGCUACACUGACAAUUAAUGGAGUCGGCGUCAAGACGUGUCAACAAAUCGCCAAUGAAGCUUUGCUGGGAAGUCUUUCCAUUGAACAAUGUUCCUUGGUUCAGGCAGAAGCAUUUACUACCUGUGGAUGUGAAGGAUCCGAAGAAUUGGAGGCCAAUGCUCCAACAUCUGAUGCGAGCUCGAAAAAUAAUGCCACGGACGUUCCCUUGGAGACGGAUGCGGCCACUCCCAGCCCCACGGAAGAGGACAAUAGCGCCGCGACAAUUUCAAAUUAUUUCUGGGCGUCACUAUUGGGAGUGGUGGCCAUGUGGCUAAUACUGUAACGCUUUUGCUAACUGCUAAGUGAGUGAAGAGGAAGCAAGUGGGUGGGGAACCGCCUUGUGACGAGGGUUUGUUUGUCUCUGUUGUUGAGGAUGAAGAAAUCGACCAGUUAGUUGUAUCCGCUUUGGUGUGUUGUGUUCCAAACGAUUAUAAUCAUUUAAAUGUUUGUAACUAUUAUUAUUAAUACCAGUUAUCAUUGC